GAGCGGGACAGACGCUGUGUGAGUUACAAUAGGAUCAUGUCUAUGCUUCUGGUAUGUAUGCUGUUCCUUGGUAGUGUGGACGCAUUUCUACCAAACAGACUCUAUGAUGGUGACAUAGGGCACGGCACUUUAACACACGAAGACAUCACACGAAUAGGAAUUGUAAAGGCAGUAGCGUCGUUCUUUGACGACAAUCCGAGGAAUGGUUCAACUCCGUUAAGACCGGGACAUUUCGCCAGAACUCCGGAACUUACUGCCAGAAAACUGCUUCUGAUGUAUUAUGGAGUCGGAGCCUCGGAGAAGAGGCUGGUGCAGGUGAUAGCAGACAUCUCCAGCGCCAACAACCGAGUCGACCAGGAUCACCAUGGCAAGGCGGUGUGGCACUUCCACGGGGAACUCAUCCACGAAGCACAUUCGAAAAUGAUCUCCAUCAGGGAAUUGAUCCUUGGUAUGUUAAAGAGAGACAACCCUAAUCUUGAUGCUGUAAAAGAGCUGAUUGGUCAGUUCCUGCACAUGAUGCAGAUGUUCUACAGCAACACCAACUGGGUGGAGAUGAAGGGUGGGGUCCCGUAUUUCCAGCUCGGAAUAAAAGAUAAACCAAUUUAUAUCCAGGCAUUGCCGUCAAUGGACACAUGCAAAACAUGCGGACAAACUGCUUAUGAUGGAUGUGAGAACACGUUACUGGUGAAGAGCAACAUCCUGACAAGUGGUUACCGGAGUGGCGAGGACAUCACAAAGCCUUCACGCGAUCCAUUGGCAUAUGUAACUGGAAAGUGUAGCCACGGUGGCCCCCGGGACAACAGCGCGACCGCAUCAGCAGCCCUGGGGGGUAUUAACAAAGACUCCACCGAACCCUCUCUGUCCCCCCACCACCAUCUCCACUUGCAGGCAGCACAGGCCGCCAUUCAUCACACCAUCCACUUCUUCAAUGAUAAAGUUGAUGGGAUUCGCGGACACAUCAGCAAGGAUAGGUACGAAAACCUGCUUCAGCUAAAAUCUGGGAACUCUUUGGCUUUCGUAAUUGACACCACUGGAUCUAUGGCGGAUGACAUAGAAGCCGUAAAGAACGCUGUCAUUAACAUCGCAGCAUCUACUGUAGGAACUGUUGAUGAACCAGCAAAUUACAUUGUUGUUCUGUUCAACGAUCCAGCGCAACUAACUGAAACUCAUCAGUUCGAAGAUGGACAGAAAACAAUUUCAUUCCUGAAAAGCAUCACAGUACACGGAGGAGGAGACUGUCCAGAGUAUUCCAUGGAUGGUCUUUUGAAGGCCUUGGAGAUGUGCCUACCAUCUUCAAAAAUAUUCGUGGCAACGGAUGCCUCACCAAAAGACGCAGAAAUGCAAUCGACAGUUGCGUCUCUGGCUCUUCAAAAGAAGAUUACUCUUGACUUCUUUCUCACUGGACGAUGUACGCGUAGGAGGAGAGAUGCAGAAGUACCCCUGUAUAAGCGCGCUGUGCCUGGUGGGGGCAGUAUAUAUGACAUGUUAGCAGGGGCAUCCGGUGGUUCCGUUCACACAACCACGAAGGCAGGGAUAGGUAAAGUUGCUCAAAUUAUACAGGAAUCUGUGUCUCCGCUGCUGGUGACUCUAAUGAAGGUCUACAUGCCAUCAUCCCAGACAACUACCACGAUCUAUGUAGACGAGACCAUCACAGAAGUAACCGUAAAGAUCAUGAGCAGAGGAGGAUCCGAGCCACAACAGACAAUAACCGCGCCAGGGGCAGCGGUGACGACGAAUGUAACGGUUGAUUAUCUUGGUGGAGGGAUUAAACUGGUCAAACUACAGAAACCUACUCCGGGUGAAUGGACGUUAACCCGAUCUGACUCUUACGACUGGGAUGUUGAAGUCACAGCUGAAAGUUCUUUUGAUAUUUCAAUCAAAUUUGUGAAGACAGAUCCAUCUUCAGGAUUCCAGUAUGAAAUACAGGGAAGACCCAUUGCAGGUGACGAUGUGACAAUAGUGGCUACCGGCAGCUCCAUGGACAGUAUUCAGAGUUUGAGUGAAGUGUUGUUUCUGGCUGACGAUGGAUCUGAACUUGCACGUCAUCCAGGCCUAACCCGUGUCCCUGGAUCGGCAGAUUCCGCUGUGUUCAAGCUGCGCAUCACUCUGCCUACAACCCCCUUCAAGGUAGCGGUAUGGGGGCGUGACAAAUCUGGACACCAGCUGAUAAGACUUCAACCAAGUCAGAUUGUUCCUGUAGCCAUUGAUCUGAAAAUGUUGCCAGCAGAAGGCUUUGUCUAUCAGAAUGAGAAAAUGAAGAUCCCAUUCAUGGUGACAAACAAGGGUGGAAGCCAAUCAGUUAUAAAUGUGACCAUCAAAGAUGACCAGAAUUUCGCUCAGACACCUUUUUCACUGGCAUUCACCCUCAAUUCAGGAGAAAGUAAAACUGGAGAGUUCAUCAUAACGGCAGGUCCUACUGAAGGAAUUACAACAACCAUCACUCUAACUGCUACAACUGGAGAUGCUGCUGACUUCCAGUAUGGCGUGAAGAGAGUAUCAACAGGAACAAAGAUUCGACAACUGAAGGAUACGGACAAGGAUAAGCCGGAGUGUCACAUCACAUCACUUGUCGGCACGUGUGACGAGGACAUGCUGGAACCCUGCACGUGUCACCAAUACACGUGGUCAGCCUCGGCGGAGAUAUGGGACGAGGGAACCGGUUUAUUCCAGAUUACCUCCAGUAUGGAUGAGACAGGCUCGUUCGAGGUCGACACAUUCGUUGAAGGCCAGACGCGGGUCAAUGGAUCUGUCCAGACAAGUAUUAGGGGCAGCUGCUGCACGUCGCUCGUCCACGUCCUUGUAGUCGAUGUUGCAGGCAACACCGGGGAGUGUCAGAUAGAUCUGGCCCCUGGGGUACCCCGGCCAGUGUACGACUGUGUUCCGUCCGAGCAACAGGAUGCUGAGAGAGACUUCACCGGGGUGAUUGUCGGAUGCUGUGUUGGAGUUGUGGCACUUGUCUUCGCUGUGGCUACUGCUGUAGUCAUGAAGAUUUGUCAUAAAGCCCCCGUGAAGAAGGUCUAAGGAGUUUAUAGCCUCGAUAUUUACACAACAUUGUUAAUGCUGGCAUCCAACUGAUUGACCUACUGGUCACAUAAGUCAUGCAACAUCAACACUGAUAUACAGGAGAUCGUAAUGCAUAUUAUUAACAUAUUCAAAAUGUGUCCAUACACUACCAGCAGAAAGGGAUCUUUUAUUCACAUUAAUUGUAUUACCGACCUGACCGUUGGUUUUACUUUAAGGACAUUCAAUAAUUCAAUCAAUUGAAUCGAAUAACUUAAUGCACGUAAUCACGUAAUGCACAGGUGAUGUGUCCACAGUGCAUGCCGUGUGUGCCUUAACAGAUUAAUAAAGGGUGUACAAUGAUGUAUAUAGAUGUGCUGAGACUGGUGUUUUAAUAAAUAUGAAAUGCUUGCGGAUCAGUAAACAUGUGUGUACAUGGAUGGCACCAAUGCCCCAAGGCACCAAUGGUUUUCACUAAUGCCAUGCAAAUUACAUGCAGAUUACCAAUCAACAAUAUACACAUAACUUAUAGUUAGCGGAUUCAUAUGUACCAAUAUCACUGAAUGAUAUGAAUAAAGUGGUCGUCAAUGUUAUUAAAUAUCAAACGUAAAAAUGUUGAAAUGUAGUUUCCUGUUAAUGUUUGGGCAUCGUGUUCCUUCAUUAAAUCUACGAGAGUGA